AUGCUCAGUCCUACGUGCGGGAACGGCGCGGCGGCGGACCAGGUUUGCGGGCUGGAGGGGCUUCUCUGGUGGUGCGUUGGGGAGGUCGAGGUGGUGAGGAGGGGGUGGAGUUCGGUGAGUGGUGAUGAGGAUGAGGAUGAUGAUGGGCGGGUGGAUGUCGAUGAUGAACGGGUUGAUGAUGUCGAUGAUGAGGAUGAGGAUGUCGAGCGGCGAUGUUGCGCACUCACCGACACCCCACAGCCAUACUCCCCCACCAAACCAAGCGCGAGGCUCAGUCCAUCCCAGUCAUCCUCGUACAUCCAGGGCGCAGCACGGCGCACGGCAGACAAGCCACCGUGCGGAAAGCCGAUGGAGCACCGACCGUACCACACGCUGACUCCCUUCCCAGGCUCCGCGUAUCAUCGACAGUUUAUUCCCGCCCUCACGAUAUCCGCACGGAAAGCCCAACCCCGCAAUGGCCCGUGCGGUAAUCCCACCCCCAUCUCACCACCACGCAAAAACCUCGCCCAACCCGCAAAAACAUACGGCCAGCCGGCAAAAACCAUAUGUUGGAAGCUGUGGGGUUCGAACCCACGCACAUCGCUGUAG